AUGGCCACUAGCCUGAAGGCCACUAGCAUGAACGCCACAAGGAUGAAGGCCAUAUGGAUAAAGGCCACAGGGAUGAAAACCACUAAGAUGAAGGCAACAAGUUUGAAGGCCAACCAUGUGAAGGCCACAAGGAUGAAGGCCAACGGGGACAGCCUCACGGAUGAAGGCCACAAGAAUUCAGGUAAUAAGGAUGAAGACCACACAGAGAAAGACCUUAUAGAUGAAGACCACAAGGAUGAAGGCCACAUGGAGAAAGACCUGAAAGAUAAAGAGCACAAGGUUAAAGGCCACACGGAUGAAGGCCACAUGAAUGAAGGCCAGAAGAAUGAAGGUUACAAGGAUGAAAACCUCAAGGAUGAAGGCCACAUGAAUGAAAACCACAAGGAUGAAGGCCUCAAGGAUGUAGGCGACAUAGAUGAAAGUCACAUUGAUGAAAGCCACAAGGAUGACGGCCACAAGGAUGAAGGCCUCACAUGUGAAGGCCACAUGGUUGAAGGCCACACAGAUGAAGGCGACAUGGAAGAAGGCCACACGGAUGAAGACUACAAGGAUGAAGGCAACAAGGAUGAAGGCCACAAGGUUGAAGGCCACACACAGAUGAAAGCCACACAGAUGAAGGCCAACGGAUAA